UUCUGUAGGCCUAGACAAAAGCCAUUCUACAAACGUUAACGACUAUCGCUAAAAAAAAUUUGUUUGGAUUUGACAUUUGGUUACGACAGCUAGCGAAAACGAAAAAAGAAUGAUAGCCAAAAGCCGGAAUUCUUAUCGUUAAACGAAACGUCCAACUUUCUACAGCGUCAUACGACUAUUUUCAAUAGAAAGGGUAGCCAACAUCCAAAUUUGACAUUCGAUAUCGCUGCGUGGCGUUAGAAUUUGAACGAUAACCGAGCGUAUGUCAUUACCUUGUAGAAAGGGUUGAUAUAAGUGUCAAAGUACUCAAAGUUUCUUUUGCAGUGCAAAUUAUUGUAUUCUCGUGCAAAUACCUAAUAAGUAGAUCUUGCAGUUUUGUGAUACGCCGCCGGUUGUUUGUUUUAAUUAUGCUGGCACUCCGUAUGUUGUGGGCUGCUCAUAAUGAGGAAGUCUGGCGAAGACGCCAACUAAGACAAAGAAAUCGCAGGCGUCUCGAAAACAUUGAUGAGAUGCCGGAUGUUUCCUUUCAAGAAAGGUUUCGCCUGGACAAACCAACGUUCAGAGAACUUUGUGGAGACCUAAGGGCUCGUACAAAUCUGCGUGGUACAAAUGCCAUUCCCAUUGAAGUUAAGAUAUUAUGUGCCCUAAGUUUUCUGGCUACAGGGUCCUACCAGAGAAUUGUUGGUGUCACCCAGCAUCUGCCACAGCGCACAGCCAGUAGAUGCAUCCGGCAAGUUGUUGAGGCACUGAACCACCCCAGUAUCACAAACAAGUGGAUAGUGUUCCCGCUAACACGACAAGAAAGAGUGAAAAUAAAACAAGAAUUCCAAAUGAAGUUUCGUUUGCCUGGAGUCAUUGGCUGUAUUGACUGCACUCAUGUGGCCAUUGUAAAGCCAAGUCAUGAGGAACACCUUUUUUUUAACAGAAAAGGGUAUCAUUCUUUAAAUGUACAAAUGAUCUGUGACAGCAAUUUAAAAAUAAUGAAUGUAAAUUCAAAGUUUGGUGGAGCAACACAUGACUCGCACAUAUGGGCUGCAGGUCAAGCAGAACCAUACAUGCGUGAAUUGCUUAGAAAUGGAGAACAAGUUUGGCUAUUAGGUGACUCCGGAUAUGCCCAGAGAGCCUGGCUCAUGACGCCUAUACUCAAUGCUGCAGAAGGUUCGCGAGAAGCGGAAUACACAAGGCGGCACAUCCAAGCGAGAAAUUGCAUAGAAAGAUGCUUUGGUGUCCUUAAAUCACGGUGGAGAUGUUUACUACGUGAUAGAACGCUCCAUUAUCACCCUUAUGUCGCCAGCAGAAUCACAACUGCAUGUGCUGUACUGCACAAUAUUGCAUUACAUGCCCGCAUGCCCGAACCUGACGAGCUUCCACCAGCCAACGAUGAUGAUUUUGUGCAAAUAAAUAAUAUUCAAAAUCAUAAUGAUUUAAUCCAGGGCAGAGCCAUGCUAAAUAUUUUAGUUAAUAGAUUGUAGUUUGUUAAACAUUAUGA